UUCAUUUUGCUUCAAUAUUCAACAACAACACUAUCCUAUAACCUCUGACAUAUCCACACAAAUGGAAGGUUCCUUUCGACAAACCAGUACCUUAGCUGUUACCACCAUCUAAUUCCGUACCUUCAUUUUUGCUUCCUCAUCUGAAUCUUGGAUCUAAUUAGAGUCAAAUUUUUAUGGUUUUCAAGUAUAUGUAUAUAUAUACCCCUUGAAGCACCCUAUGAGAACCUAUAUACCAUAGCCUUGACUCGAUAAAGAAAAAGAAUAAGUUUUCUCUCCAGCUUUUGAUUUUCUGUGGCACCCUUUAUCUCCUCCUCUCUAGUUAUGGCACCCCUUGAUUUUGUUGCCCUAAAGGACUUGCACAAUUCAGCAAAUAGCCUUCUUCAUUCUCCAUUGGUUCGACAAGGUUUUGUGCACGAAAGAGAAGAAAAAUGGGUUGAUGAUGUGUCAGAGUCAUCACUGAGGAUGUUGGAGGUGUGUGGAAUCUCAAAAGAUCUUCUCUUGCAAGUGAAGGAACACCUUCAAGAACUUCAGUUCACCCUGCGCAGAGCAAGCAUUGGUGAUGAAGGAAUUGAGGAGAAAAUCACAGCAUGCAACAGGUACAGGAAGAAGCUGAAGAAGGAAACGUUGAAGUGUUUGAAGUGGUUGAAGAAGGGCAUAAAGAGUGAGAGAACAGUGAGUCCAAUGAAUGAACAAAAACUGGUGUUGGUGGUUGAUGUGCUGAGAGAAGUGAGGGUGACAAGCAUUUCCAUUGUGGAAUCACUCUUGUCCCUUGUUUCUUCCCCCUGGUUGGAUUCAAAGUCAGGGAAAAGGUCGUUCAGAUCAAAGUUUGUGCGUGUGAGUGUGCAUUGUUCAGAUGAUGCCAUGGUGAUUCAAAGUGCAAACAAAAGAUUAGCAGGUGUUAGGAUGGCCAUAGAAGAUCUUGAGGUGGAGUUGGAAUGCAUAUUCAGACGUUUGAUCCACACAAGGGUGUUGCUUCUUAACAUUCUUACCAAAUAGGAAACUUGGUUUUUUAACCCUUUAGUUAGACACAUUCUUUGGAUUACUUAAUAGAUUUUUAACCAUUCCUUCAUUUGUUCUUUCACUCUUUCAAAUAACCAAAUUCUGAAUCU